AUGACGGCCUUGAGAUUUGUUAGAUCGCUUCGAGUCACUGCAGCUCGCCCUGGUGUUGUAAACUUUGAGCUUGAUAUUAAAAAGGAACAUACAAAUCGGCUUAACAUCCUUCAUGGCGGCACGAUUGCUAGCAUGGUUGAUCUCGGAGGGUCUCUUGCUGUGGCUUCUCGGGGCCUCUUUGCCACCGGUGUCUCGACAGAUCUCAAUGUGACUUAUCUAAGCUCCGGGGGUAAAGUCGGGGAUAAAAUUUUAGCUGAGGUGACUUGCGACAAAUUUGGAAAUAAUCUUGCAUAUACCAGCAUCAAGUUCAUGAAUGCCAAAAAUGAAGUGGUGGCUAGGGGCAGCCAUACAAAAUAUGUUGCCCAUGCUUUCAGGGAUCCAAGGAACAUUGUGGAAGAGCUUAAGCCAGAACCCUGA